GGUGUGUGUCUGCCAGUCUUGUUACUUGUUCGGUGCCCGCUUCAUUAGCUGAUCAGGUCAAGACAGUUUCAGGAAAGUCGAGGAUACGGCGCCUUAAACCCUCUCCCAGAGCGGAAGUACGGCAAGAUCUGUGUCCGGCGUCUUCAAAAUUCAGCGUCCGGUGACGUCUUCUGCCUUGCCUACCUUUCUCCUCUCCACACCAUUAACAGGAUCACAAACACAGCACGAUUUCACUACCAGCAACAUCAUUUAUUUGUGUCAGAGAUUUCAGAUACAUUUAUACUUUCGAUACACUAACGUUUAUCAGCAGUCACCGACAAAAGUUUUGUGUCUGUAUAUUAAUAAAUUGUGUAAUUACGUAGGUAGAAUCGCUGUCUUCACCCAGAACAUUCAAUAACCGAAACGUUAGAAAGCUUAAAACCAGUUGUCUGGAGAAGAAAUAAGUAAUAGUCUAUCUAUUUCCUAAUGUUCUCAUCAUUGUAAGCAUCACAAGAUAAGGAAAGUUAUUAACAAAGCUCGUGUCAAUUUAAAAAUAAUCGCUGCACAUCCAUACUCCAUUCUAUUUUUUUAAAAAAAUCUUACUUGCUCAAGGCUUAUAAAAAGAAUCUGAAGACAGUCACACUUUCAAACAUCGCGUAAACCCAAAUCAUUCAAGUCUUGUCUUUAUCUACCUAGCGUUAAAAUAUCAGUCAUAUUAGAAACUGGUUCUGAAGUGUUAAAUGUUUUGUUUUAUCAAUAUGAUCUUGUUUUGAAAUCGAAGUCAAGAUCGGAUUAAUAACGGGUCUGAGUGUAUCUUGAAAUACUAGUAAAUAAAAUUCCUGGCUUUUGGAAAUUGAAAUAAAACACCAAAUGCACAAAAUGUAAUAUUAUUCAACAUGCCAUUUAUUUCGUGUGACGUUUACCUUAGACUGGCGAAACACUGUAAACAAUGAACAUCUACUGUAAUUGUUCUGCAUUUGGAAGUGAGUGUUUUUCAAAAGAUAAUUCUCUACAGUAUUAGGAAUUGCAUUGAUUGUGUUUAGCAUUCUAGUCUUUAUCACGAAGAACAGGUUACAACGUUCAUAAAGCGAUUUCACUAUUCAGAAUCAGUUUGACUAUCAUAUUUUCAAUGAAGCCGCAUUAGUGCAAAAGCCUCAACAAAUUAUUUCACAUUUAAAACACCGUACUAUUAAUUUCCUGGCUGGUCAAAGGUCAUUAAAAACAUACUAACGGUUCAGAAACAGUUCCACUAGAAUUCAAAUGCAUUACGCAACGUGAAGUUUACUUCAGAUGCUACCUUAGCACGUGCACACCGGCAACCCUCCUGACGCCAUAGUAAAGCGGGACGGUCUACAGAGCAGGUGCUCUCUGCUAUCUUCUCAAAACAGCGAAGAGUCUAUAAAAUGCCUCGCAACAAUGGAAAUGGUGGAGCAGACGGAGACGUCAUGCUAUUGGUCCGUGCGACAGCAGCGCUAAUCCCAUUGGUACUGCUACACGUCUGCCUAUUGGUUGCCGGAGAAGACGCAUCUGAACCGACGUCAAUCGACCAGACGCGCACAAGCAGAUUUCCACGUUAUCGAUUCAACAUACGCAAAGACGACAUCUUCCAUGAUACCAGGGUAGUGCCUGUGGAACACCAAGUGUCGGCAUUUCUCUACAAAGGCGAGACAAAACUGUUCUUCUUCCUGAACGAACGAGAUCAGAGCCCACUGUCCUUGACAGUCACACCCUGCACAUCCAGUGUGCUGUGGAGCGUCCGCUAUAGACACCAGAAUGACACGGGAAAACUGGACGACAUGCGAAUUCAGACGGGGGACAACAGCUCAGAACCGCCACUGGAGGAGUUCAGAAGCAAUGAAAUGAGAACCUUCAGUACAGAGAGUGCUCGUCCGGGUCUAUACGUACUGCAGGUGUCACCACUGGAGCGAGAAACCUACGUCAAGCUGUACGCCAGCCUGGAGCCUGGGGGUCCACACCCCCUGCGCCUCUCCCAGGGGCCCCGUUUGCGUCUACAAAAGAGACAGCGCCGGAAGAGGCUAACAGUGCGUUGGGAGCCCAGCCCUGUGGAUCCACACGUGAUGCACUACUGUCUGGUUGUUAACACAAGACGCUACUACUCGACGCUCUGUGAGGCUCAGGGCGAGCGUAAUGGGGUAUCUCCCCCCGAAGCAUCUAACGCCGCGGGAUUUAACUUUCCACGUGAACAGGCCGAGGCGCAUAAGAAUGAGUUGGCUAGCAAAGCGGCUCGACUCAACGCCAGUCGCUUGGGCCGAGGUAGCGGUGGUGCGGGUGGCCAGCUACACGAGGAUAUCGUGGUUGGCUGCGUGGGGCGCAAAACCAGCUACACUGUGUCCAACCUGGAACAUGGAAAGGUAUACCACUUCAACUUGUUCGCGGUGAACAGGCGUACCAACCUCAGCUUUCCGUACGGUCGCACCACGUUGAAGUAUGAGCCUCGAAGUAAACCAGCAGGACUGCGAGACGGAAAAGUGUCCACUGUGAACCUCAGAAAGAUGGAUGGGACAGCAACGUUCAAGUUCAAGGUAGGGAAGAACGCAGAGAACGAGAUGCAUCUCUAUGUGAUGUCGUGUGGGGGCGCUGUUGAUGCAGAACUCACACUAAAGGGAGAAGUGGUCAUACCUCGGAAAAUAAUAUAUGGAUACGAGAGAUUCCGAGUGAUGAACCCGGCUCGCGGCCAGCGAUACGUGUUGCGAGUGAUGGCUUCCAACUCGGAGGAACUACGUCGAAUCAAGGCCGUCGAGAAAAGUUCUACAGGCUUGACUGGUAGAAAAUGUUCCUACGAAAGAGAUACAAAUUUCUGGAAAUUAUUCCCUGUGGAUCCACACGUGAUGCACUACUGUCUGGUUGUUAACACAAGACGCUACUACUCGACGCUCUGUGAGGCUCAGGGCGAGCGUAAUGGGGUAUCUCCCCCCGAAGCAUCUAACGCCGCGGGAUUUAACUUUCCACGUGAACAGGCCGAGGCGCAUAAGAAUGAGUUGGCUAGCAAAGCGGCUCGACUCAACGCCAGUCGCUUGGGCCGAGGUAGCGGUGGUGCGGGUGGCCAGCUACACGAGGAUAUCGUGGUUGGCUGCGUGGGGCGCAAAACCAGCUACACUGUGUCCAACCUGGAACAUGGAAAGGUAUACCACUUCAACUUGUUCGCGGUGAACAGGCGUACCAACCUCAGCUUUCCGUACGGUCGCACCACGCUCAAGUACGAGCCUCGAAGCAAACCAGCCGGACUGCGAGACGGAAAAGUGUCCACUGUGAACCUCAGAAAGAUGGAUGGGACAGCAACGUUCAAGUUCAAGGUAGGGAAGAACGCAGAGAACGAGAUGCAUCUCUAUGUGAUGUCGUGUGGGGGCGCUGUUGAUGCAGAACUCACACUAAAGGGAGAAGUGGUCAUACCUCGGAAAAUAAUAUAUGGAUACGAGAGAUUCCGAGUGAUGAACCCGGCUCGCGGCCAGCGAUACGUGUUGCGAGUGAUGGCUUCCAACUCGGAGGAACUACGUCGAAUCAAGGCCGUCGAGGUCCUUGCUACUACGCGCCCGGCAGUGAAGUUCCCCCUUCCGGAACUUCCAUCAGAGCCUCAGGUGCACGAAUAUGACAGCAUGAGGAAAUGUGACUCAGUGACGGUUGGCUGGGUACGGUCUCCCGACCCCCAGGUUGCUCGCUACUGUGUCUUUGCACGGGAGGACAAACGGAAGGAGCUUGAAACAAGACGGCCCAACCAGUGUGCACUUGAUUCCAAGCUCAAGAACACGUCCGAUUUCGCCAUGAUGCAUUGUCAGGACAGAAUACCAGAAGACAAUAGGUCGGUUAUAACUCAGACCAUUGGAAACCUUAAGCAUGGACGGAGUUACAUUGUUCAGGUAACCGUGACUAAGUCACGAGGAAAGACACUGUCCUACGACUUACUGCAAGCACAGACCAAACCCGUCUGUGCGUAGCGCCACGUCACACGAAGAAAAGUCAAGUCUUCAAAGACGCGUCCAAAGGAAUGAGACGAAAGGCGACGGUCACAACGAAAUGACUGUACCGAUUAAAUUAAGUUUGUAUUUUUGAUACGAAAGUGUGUGGACACGAAACGCCGACACCAGAUCAAGAAUAAUUUCAAAUCGAUAUUAAAAUGAAUUGUGCAAUAUGUUUCAUGCUUGUAAGAUAGCGGAACUACAAAUGUUGAAUAACACUGUAAUACGAAGAGAGAGUUGAAAUUCCCAGCCAGUGGGACAAGGCCUGUGUAAUUACCACCGAAAGCGUGGUUUAAAAUUCCUGACUUGCCUUUUUUGAAGUACGAACUGUAAACCAGAACACCAACGUAGACCACGAAAAGUAGAUUUAAGGACAAAGUUCUGUCCCCGGGAGAAUCUUUCCUCACUACCCAGCCCAGAAUACCCAGUCUCUAUCUAAAACCAAGGGAAAUUCAUGAUCUAACAGGUCACAUAAGAGCAAAUGUAACUUCCACGUUGUCCUUACUUAACAGAUAAGUGUUGUUCUGAUUGCUCGAUUAGUGUCAACUUACUGAAAGAAAAUACGUUAAGCUAAAGUUAUGUUUAUUGCUUUAAUAAAUGAAUUGAAUUUUUUCACAAUGUUGCUAUAUUGUAAGGUCAGUCUUGGUUAGUCAGUAGAAACUUCCGGGAUAUUAAAAGUAAUUAUUUUUUAAAUUAUGAUACGUAAACAAAGAAUUCUAUUUUAAGUUAAGGUAUAAAAAUGUAUGGUGUAAUUACAAAUAAGUUACAGACGGGUGUUUUAAUGAUUGGCACUUUAUUUUUAAUUGUCAAAAUGGAAGUAUACUGACUCGUAUAAAUACAAGAUUAAAUUACUUCCUUCUAAAUUUUAAAACUGAUGGUAGCACAUCUCUGGUCUUCAUUAGCAUUAUACAAGUUAUGUUCACUUAAUCAAUGUUACAUAUUUUCAUAAUCUCUUUCAAGAACAUGGCUAUAAAUUUGAAUGUUCGUUCAGAAUAUUGUAAUGACGUAAUAUCUGAACUGGUAUAAAAGAAUUGCAACAAACAUGGCAUUAAAGGGUUAAACAUUAUUAAAUUAAUUUGUAAAGUGAUGAAGGUUCAGACUGCUAAAAUAUAUUCUACGAAUAUAUUAAUCUUUUUAGACACUAUGAACGAGAUAUCUCGGUCAUAAUACCUACUUUAAGCAUAUUCGACGCUUGACAUCUGUUCAAAUCGUCUGUUUCUGACAUUUUUGACCAAAUGCGGUUUCUCAACAGUGGAAAUCAUUUCGGUUGAAGCCAAGAUGCACAAUGACAAACAAGAUUAUGUUAAUACUGUGUUUGAUUUUUUUUAAAUAUGAUAAGAACCAGGGCAUUACUGAUAAGAAAUUAUGAGGAAACAAUUUUCCGACUGUAAUAUAUUUUCCUCCCUAGUAAUGAGUUCAGUUUGGUCUGCCAUUUGGUUACCAGUACAAUUUUAUUGUUACGUAAUACUACAGUGUUUGAUGUUGCUAUGCCAACACUAGAACAACUGAAAGUAUAAAUAAUAUGAGGCUCUUAAAGUUACAAGUAUUUUAAGUUGAAAAUGUAAUGUAAUAAUGCAUAUAAUACAGAAUACAUUUUGAUUAAACUGAAUAUAUUUCUUAGAAGAA